CACAGGAGGACUUCUUGCCUUUCUUGAAGACUGGGGUUAUUGGUGAUUUGGAUCAGUCAGAGUGGAUGGUAUUUGAUUCCAAUAUACUAGUCAACACUUCCGUCAACCUGACUAAGAACACUCUACCGCCAUCCUUGUAUACCCCAGGAGUUAAUUCGUCUGGUCCUUCUGCCCUUCCUCGUUCCAGGUUACCUACUGCUUUCUCGACUUCUGCUAGUGUUGGGGGGCCUAUCUCACUGUUCCAUUCAGGAUCCGACUGGAUAGCAGACAAUGGAAUGGUGGCUGGAGGCCAGUUAAACUGUUCCUCGAAGUGUUCUGCCCAUCGUUCCAGUCGUCUCUGCGAGUGAGUGGCAAAUCCAUCCUUCUCUGCUGUAGUCUCACUAACCGUAGUUGACUUUUUCCCCUCAGUCUCCUUAAUAAGUCUAAAUAACUGUCUACUGUUAGCAAUGGCCGCUACCUUUUCCAUCUCUCUAGCCUUCGCUGCCCACCACUGUUCACGGUCGUUGCGUAGACUUUUUCUCAAUCUACUUUUAAGUUGCGCUCUCUCUUCAUUGUACUCAGCCUGCAGGGAUGCGUUGACGUGCAUCCAUUAGUUCAAAAGAAGCUGCUAGUAUCCACUGGCUCUUUC